AAUGGUCUUGCUUCCUUCUUUCCUCUCUCACCAAUACAACAAAGGCCUAAAACAGUAGUGUUUCUUUUAUUUGCAUACUUUCUCCUUAAUUCGUUUCCUUUCUCGGACGAAAACAAUGGCUGAGCUCAUUCUUUCUGCAUUCCUUCAUGUGUUGUUUGACCGACUGUCGUCUCCCGAGUUGCUGAAAUUUGCUCGCCGAGAAGGACUCGGCAAACAGCUGGACAAGUGGGGUGAAACCAUGGAAAGAAUUCGAGAGGUGCUUGAUGAUGCAGAGGAGAAGCAACAGACUAAAAAGACAGUGAAAGCUUGGCUUGAUGAUCUCAGAGACUUGGCCUACGAGGUGGAAGAUAUACUUGAUGAGUUCGCCACAGAAGCUUUGCAACGCAAGUUGAUGGCCGUUGAAAGUCAGGCUAGCGCUAGUAUGAUUGUUCAAAAGACUGAUGCAAGCUGCUGCAACUUCCGACUACUAUCUAAAAAAUGGAUAGACCCAAAAUUGAGACCCACGUUUGUUGAGAUCAUGGCUGCUUUGAAGCCGUUGCAGAAAGCCAAUAACCAGUUCUCAAGUCCCAGGCCAAGCACAUCCACAGGCAGUGGCCGUCCGAAGGCUCUACCAUCACAAACUGCAGAAGAAGCAGGCUAGAAGAGCAAACUAUACCAUCAUACUCUCUGUCAUUGGACUGCAAAAAUAUGGGGUGAAGUUCUAGAUUGCCUUGGACUAGUCCAUGUAGGUUGAGAUAUUGAAAAAGUGAGAACUUUUUUGUAAAGGGAUGUCAUAUUUCAGUAAAAGUGACUGCUUUUAUUUUGAUCCUCCAGUGGGUAUGAUCCCAUAAGUUUACUCACGCUAUGGAUGUUUUACUAUGGGCUAUUGUAAUCAGUAAUUGGAGCGGUACUGUUCAUUUUGCAGUAAUUAAUUUGGACUCUGGAG